AGCAGCUUUGCUUCUCUAUACGCUGAAUGUGCUCUGCGAUCGACUCCUCGGGUCUCACUCCACAGUUACACAAACAUUCCACACGCAGCAGAGAGAGACAAAAACCAGAAACAGAAAGAGAACGGUAGGAACGGCUGGGUUUAUGGGGCUGACAGUCCCUUCUUAACAUCAAAAUAUGGGCUUUCAGGCCCUCGUAACCAUGAACAAACACAUGUUUCCCGAAAGCAGAACUCAUUAGCUACCUGCUGGAUUUGGCCUGACCCCGCUGAGUGAUUUUAUACGUGAGUUUUUUUAAGUUGAAAAUGAGGGAGGUGGUGGUUUUGUCGACAGAGAGGUCUCUCCUGUUGGCCAGGACAAGAUGGCAGGAGCAUAAGCAAGCUGGGCAUGGUGUGGGUACAUUAUAACUCCAUAACAUGUUCAGAAAAGCUGUGGAUUCUAUCAGUUGUUACUAUCUGUGAAGGUAUGGCCUCACAAGUCUUGGUCUACCCACCACAUGUUUAUCAAACGCAGACAAGUGCCUUUUGUAGUGUAAAGAAACUCAAAGUAGAGCCAAGCAGUUGCGCGUAUCAUGAGAGAGCCUACCCACGGACCUAUUUGAACGGUAGAACCCUUGGCAUCACUCACCCUAUGAACGCUGUUAGCUCUUCUUUUCAGAUAAAAGACUUGGUGUACAGCAGGCCCCGUGGGCAGAAUUUUGCAUUGCAAGCAGUCACCCUAAGAGGUGUAAAGGAGGACCCAGGAGCAGCAGAGGCAAAUAAACACCCAUCAGAACCGGCAGCCCUGCAGGUCUUUGGGCAAGCGGCAGACGAAACUGGUGGUGGCGGCGGAGGAGGAGGAGGAGGAGGUUUGAACUUGGUGGACAGCGUGCAGCAAUGCGGGCUGAAACGUAAGAGUGAGGAGUUGGAGAACAGAGGAAGUGCCAUGCAGAUUGUGGAGGAACUGUCCAUGUUGCCUGCAAUGUUGCAAACGAACGCUGGCAACCCAGUCGCAGUGGUGGGCGCCUCAAAGCAGAGUGGUGCCGGAGGGGAUGGGGAUUACCACCUGGUGCAGCACGAGGUGCUGUGCUCCAUGAAGAAUACUUACGAGGUCCUGGACUUCCUGGGUCGGGGGACCUUCGGUCAGGUGGUGAAAUGCUGGAAGAGGGGCACGAAUGAUAUUGUAGCCAUCAAAAUCCUCAAGAACCACCCCUCGUAUGCACGGCAAGGGCAAAUCGAAGUGAGUAUCCUGGCCCGUCUGAGCAGCGAGAAUGCAGACGAAAAUAACCUCGUGCGGGCCUUUGAGUGCUUCCAGCACCGUAAUCACACCUGCCUGGUGUUUGAGAUGCUGGAACAAAACCUGUAUGACUUCUUAAAGCAGAACAAGUUCAGCCCUCUGCCGCUGAAGGUAAUCAGGCCAAUCCUGCAACAGGUGGCCACAGCACUGAAAAAACUGAAAAGCCUUGGACUCAUCCACGCGGACCUUAAACCGGAAAAUAUCAUGCUAGUGGACCCUGUCCGGCAGCCAUACAGGGUGAAAGUAAUAGACUUUGGAUCUGCCAGCCACGUUUCAAAAGUAGUCUGCUCCACGUAUUUGCAGUCGCGCUACUACAGAGCGCCAGAGAUUAUUUUGGGGUUGACAUUUUGUGAAGCCAUAGACAUGUGGUCGCUGGGGUGUGUGAUUGCAGAGCUGUUUCUUGGAUGGCCGCUAUAUCCCGGAGCACUGGAAUAUGAUCAGAUUCGAUAUAUUUCUCAGACCCAAGGGUUACCUGGGGACCAGGUGUUGAAUGUGGGGACGAAGACAUCAAGGUUUUUUUGUAGAGAGUCAGAUUCACCAUAUUCAAGAUGGAGACUUAAGACAACAGAGGAGCAUGAGACAGAGACGGGGAUGAAGUCAAAAGAAGCCAGGAAGUAUAUCUUCAGCUGUUUGGAUGAUGUUGCGCAUGUGAACAUGGUCAUGGAUUUAGAAGGAAGUGACUUGCUAGCAGAGAAGGCAGACCGCAGAGAGUUUGUCAGUUUGUUGAAGAAAAUGUUGUUGAUUGACGCAGAUAAAAGAAUGACUCCGGCAGACAGCAUGAACCACCCUUUUGUCACCAUGCAUCACCUUUUAGACUUUCCUCAUAGCAACCAUGUCAAUUCAUGUUUUCAUGUAAUGGAUGUUUGCAGAAUACGGUCAAACACAUACGAUCUAAGCAAUCGCAACAAGACACCAUUCAUGAGACCAGUCACCUCCGGCAAUACAGCAAACCUGACUCUGGCUUUUAAUAAGAUGGGCCCUGUCCACACUCAAGCUUUAGCACCACCUGUGAUGCACCGCGGGAUGUCGCUGCAGACGGGUACUGCUCAGUUUGGGUGCAAUGAUUCUUUUCAGCAAACAUUGAUCCUGUGUCCCCCGGCCAUCCAAGCUGUUGUCGUUCACAUUUUAGCGGGAAUUCCCACUAACCCAAACAAGCCUGCUGCAUAUGCUGUCAGAAUGGAAAAUACUGUGCCACUGGUGACGCAAGCCCCAGCAAUACAACCCUUACAGAUUCGCCCAGGAGUUAUCACUCAGCAGACAUGGUCCAAUCGAACUCGGCAAAUACUGGUACCAGCCUGGCAGCAAAUAACUCCUGUGGCUCCCUCCACAACAGCACUGCCAUCCGACAAUGUGGCGGGUCCACAGAGACUAGGAGACUGGGGAAAUGUACACCCCCAUGGCAACCAUUAUAACUCCAUGAUGCCACAACCUCUUUUAACCAACCAAAUGGCUAUGCCCACCCACCAGCCAAUAAGUAUAGGCAUUGCCCAUGUUGUAUGGCCUCAACCUUCAGCUGCUAACAAAAGAAAUAAACCUUGCCAGAACAGGAGUAAUUUCUUCCAUAACAGCAAUACCCAGAACUCGGUACGCCUGUCUCCAAAGAUUUCAGACAAUGUAAAGAAUGAUGAAGCAGAAAGUUGUAUAGAAGAAAGACAGAACAAUGGCAGCCCACAGAGAGAGGAUAGGAGCUGCUGCAAGGCGUCGGUCGUGCAGGACUCUGACUUGGCCAUCUCUAACAAGCAACGUCGGACUAUCAUCAUUGCUGACUCUCCAAGUCCUGUGGUCAGCGUCAUUUCCAUUAGCAGCGAUACAGAUGACGAGGAGGUGGCACAGAGACACUCUUUGGGAGAAUGUAAAGGCAGCCCGGAUUGUGAAGCCUGUCAGAGCACACUAAACAUUGACCGUGUGUGUUCUUUAAGUAGUCCUGACAGCACCCUGAGCACCAGUUCAUCAAACUCUGCCCAGUCUAGUCCAUCCCCCUGUAAAAGGCCAAACAGCAUGUCUGAUGAUGAGCAAGAAAGUGGUUGUGACACUGUGGACGGCUCCCCUGCAUCUGACUCUUCAGGACAGAACGAUAGUCCGUUCAUGGAGCGCCGGUUUCUGGGAGAUACCAACCAAAACACUGAAGCAAGAGCUCCGCAGGACGCAGAGACCAUCCAGCCAGCUGUCCGCACCAUGGUGGUGCCGCCAAUGAGAGUGCAAAACAAUAACCCAACUGCUGAUGAGCGGGUGGCAAAUACAGUCUUAGAUACCACGUGUCAGUCCUUAUUCAAGGGCCGCUCCGCUCCUGCCAGAUUAAACCACCACUCUGCAGCAGUUAACCGUCAGCAAAAAAUGACAUCAGCAUUCCAGCAACAGCACAUGAACUUUGGACAAGUUCAGCACUAUGGUUCUUGCCAUCAGGAAUGGAAUGGAAAUUACGGCCACAGGAGACAGCAGGCGUAUAUCCCUCCCACAAUACAUGGUCACACUUUCACGCUGCCUCACGGGAGCCCCAGCCACAGUACAGCUCACCCUCACCUGGCUGGAAGUACUCAAUUUGGGGGCCAACCGAUUUUACCCUACCCUCCACCACUUUGCACUGCAGCUCCUGUCGCCCACAUCUUGGCUUCACCAUGUACUACAAGGCCUGUAAUGCAGCCGGCAACCUACAGUAUCUCCCAUCCCAAUGGCAUUGUUCACCAAGUAACUGUGGGCAUCAACCAUCGCCUGCUGCCUUCCCCUACCAUCCACCAGAACCAGUUCAAACCAAUAUUCCCGGCUCAUUCAUACAUCACAGCUUCCCCUGCCUACACCGGCUUCCCUUUAAGCCCAACAAAACUUAGCCAGUACCCUUACAUUUGAGUGUCCAUGGGGUGCAUUAGCAUAUAAACGCUUGGUUUGGUAAGAUUAAGAGAAAAACAUGGUGUUCUAAUAUAUUCUAGCCAUGGCACAACAGAUAAAAUAAAAUAAAAAUAUUUUUGUGAAUCAUGUAGACUUGGGUGCAAUUUAAACUUUUGAGCUUUAAAAAUAAUUGAAAACUCACUUUUAAUGUGUUUUGACAUUUGAUAUACUUCUCAUCAGAACUUGUUACUCUUUAACAGUUGAAUUAUGGGAUUGGAAGCCUAGUUUCUCUCCUACUAUUUUUAUAUAUCGCCUUCUAACUUGUGCAAGACACAUCUUCAUUUGUGAAGCCAUUCAGUAUACAAGUGUAAAGAGCAACAGAGCGUCCACAGCAUACUCGUAAUCUAUUUAUUUUCUUGUGUCUUUUGGUGUUUUAAAUGUCAAGUCACUUAUCUGAAAGGCUGUUCUUCACACUGCAUGUGUUCUCCUUGCAUGGGCGAAAACAAAACGGAAAGUUUCCUAGAUGUUGCUCUUAAUGUUGUUGUCCUAAGAAUCUCAGCUCGUUGUAAAUUGUUCCCACCCAUAGUGCCUUAAAUAUUUGAGGUUGUUAAUGUUACUACUUAUAUUAAUGUAAUGGACUGCAGCACUUGAAAUUCCAAUCUGCUGAUUGUUAUUGUAUAUCUAUAUAGAUAUAGAGAGAGCGAGACUAAAGCUUAUUUUGGGUUUGGCGUGGUAAGUUUGAGGAGUAGCGAACUUUUCCUUUACUAAGAACAGCAUGCUUUGCUGUAGCAGGUCUUUGCUGUUCAGGUUUUCCGAAUGAUCUAGUGUAAAGAGCAAGUGUUGGGUAUUGCUUACAAUUUGAUAAUCAAUUUCUAUUUAGUAUACACUUAACUAACAGUAUUUGUACUGUUUUAAUGAAACUGCAAUACAAUCUAAAUAGGUGUUGAUUUGUUUUCAUGUUUGCUGAUUUUUAAUGGUUUUUCUGAAAUAUUUAGAAAUGUGGUGGGCAUGGCUUUUGACUAUAAAGAAACAAUGCAAAUAUAGCUAAUUGAUUUUUAUGAUAUGGAUUCAUCUUAGCUUGAGCAAACCAUGCAGUAUUUGAUUGAGAUUAUAUAUAUAUAUAUAUAUAUAUAUAUAUAUAUAUAUAUAUAUAUAUAUAUAUAUAUAUAUAGUAAUAGAAUAUUUAGUACUGAAGCUUGACAAGGUGCGAGUUCUUUGUGUGCAAUUUUCUCAUUUAUGCAUGUGAUAGUUUUUAUCUGUUUUUACUUUAAUAUACCAUUUGUUUAAGCUUGUUGGUGUCGACUGCUUAUUUUAUACAUUCCGUCAGGGAGAAAAAUAUAUGCUGUUUUUUUUUCAUGUUUUUUUGUUUGCUGGUAUGUGCGUCAAGUUGCUUUUGCAGCACCAAAGACUUUGUCAUCCAUUUCCUGAGCAAGGUAGCUAUUUUUUUGCAUAGACAUAAAGUAUACUAUAGUUAUAGUGAUGGGGUAAAUAAAAAUAAAAAAAUAAUAAUAAUAAAAAAGUAUUAAUUAAAGAGGUUAAGGCUAUGUUAAACUCUUGGGCGAAUACUUUGUAUCAUUUAUCUUGAAUGUAUCAUAGAUAAGCUGCUAUAUAAUUAUUGCCACUUCAAAUAGCUGUGAAAUUAGGUGAUUUACUUAGUACUUUCUUAGUGUUCUUCUUUCUGUAAGUCUAAUUACCUGAAGUGGUUUUUUUAAUUUAAUUUUUGCUUUAAUGUUUGGAGUGUCAUUGUGACUACUGUAUUGCAAAUGAUGGAAGUUAGUUGCAUUUGUUAUAUUUUUGGGGUGUGUGUAUUUUAAUUUUUUUUUGCAUCAGUAUUUAUCUUCAUUAACUUUGAGCUCAUCACUGCAUAUAAAUGGAUGUCUUGAUGUAACUUAAUUUUUGUAAUGUUAUCAUAUUAGCAUUGUGUAGACAUGUUGAGCUGUAGCUUGCAGAUUUGACUUAACUUUUUUUCAGUAAAGCAAUUGUGUACUAACAUGCAGUUUUGCAACCGAGUACAUUAACUAAAAUUUAUAGUACAAAGUUGUAAAAAAAAAAAAAAAAAAAAAAAAGGCUAGCCAUGAUCACAUAUGUUUAAUAUGCCACUAAACAGCACUUGUAUAACUGUCAAUAAGCUAAUCUGGGAAGGGCUGCGGGAGGUUUAUUAAGUAGCCCUUUUUUCUACUUGGAACUGAAAUUGCAGUGUUCUGUUCAAACCAUUGUCCGUGACAUUUUGUUUGCAAUUUGUUUCUAUCCCUAAAAUAUUUCUUCUCAUGUGUUUUAACACAGAAAUUAAGAAAGUGUCGGAAGACAUUCAACAUGGCUAUCUGUCCUUUUAAACAGUUCAGUGGCAAUUUUGUGCUAUCUCGUCUGGAGAGUCUCUUCAGUGGUGGCUAAGAAAACCAAAUUGAGAGUCCUAAUUUUGCUUUUAUAUACCCAACCUUUUUGAGAAGCCCUCUUGACCACUGCAGUUCCUUAUUACUGUGAGGACAGUGCUAUUUCACACUGUGGUUGUGCCUUGAGGAGCUGUGCUGACAUCAGGGGUUCAAAAGACUGAAGCUCUGCUUGCCUAUUCUCCCGGAUGACAGCGGGGUGUUGUGGAGCUCAGUGUAGGGUUAUAAGAGAGUAAUCCAAUAAAAUGAAUGGUAAUGUAUAAAGCCACUUGAUGUGGUAGCUUGACCAAAAAUUGCUUUAUCGUGUUCCUUCAUAGUUGUACCAGGGAUCGAAAUACUGAUGUGCAAACAGUUCCCGGAUCGGGCCAUGCCACUUACCAUGCACAUAAUAAUGGCUGUCGCCACAUACUGUAGCACCUUCCUCCUUGGGGUUGCAUCCACACAGGGAUUAAACCAUCAGCAUAUUGCAUCAGGGGAGCUCAUGGACAAAUGAAUCCUAUAUAAUAUAUAUAAUUUAUUAUUUUAUUUCACCAUUGAAAAAUAGCCAUGAACUUAAAGAUAAUAGAUUUUUUGUAAAUACAUUUCAUCAAAAUGCCAAACUUUGAGCAUUACUGUACUUCACACUGCAACAAAGGGGCCAGAGCGGUAGUUGGCAUCAUGGAAACAGUUUAACAGCGCUAGUGCAAAGAGGUCUUAUGGUAGUGGAUUUAUAUAUAAAAAUGCAUUGAAUCAGGCAGGUGUGUAUGUAUUUUCUUCCAGCCUGUUCCAAUGUGCAUGUACAGUUAACAGUAUUUCAAUCCCUGUGUAAUAUAACUUACCAGCAAAUAUGCCUGCACAAAAUGUCCAUGUUAGCUAAAUGUAUUUAUUUUGGUUAAAAUUUUCAUGAAAUCAGUUUGAUUUGAACUCCAUUUAAUCUACCAAUUUCGCCAUUUGAAAAAUCGAUGUUGUUUUUAACAUUUUCUAUUUUGAAAGAAUUUAAUUGUAAAAAAUAAAUAAUAAAAAAAAACAACCAAACACUGCAGUUUUUAACUUCCAUAUAAAAUAUUUCAUUUUGUUUGGCGGAUUAUUUUCUAUCUGAUUUGGUGGUAUACCUUCAGAGAUGCUUACGUUUUGUUCAGGGUCUAAAUGUGCUACUCUAAGUCCUAAUUACUUGUUUUGAUUGCUUCUAAUUAUGUGUUUCAUGAUAAUUUUAUCACAAGUUAAUUCACACUGCAAGUUAUAGAACAAUCUGUUUAGAGUUAAACAGCAAUGUAGGCUUGGUUUUAGUAAGUUUGAACUGUUACUGUUUUAAUAUUUGUAGAUUCUGUGGCGCUUUAAUUUUAAAGUUUUUAGCUUUUGAUUUUAUGCUACACUAGUUUGCCAUCUAGCAAUUGCACUGUGCAAUAUUUACAAUAUAAGGACUGGGAAAAUGUUUAUGGAUGUAAUGUCUCUUACAGUUUGCGAUAGUAUUUCUCUCUAGUUCUCAGUGAUUUUAAAUGUGACCAAGCCUUCUGUACUUUGUCACAAAAAGCGGGUUUUCCAGGUGACUAUUUUGGUGAGUGUCAACAUAAGAAUUUAUGGUGUAUUAUUGUCAACAUUCACUCUGAAUUAAAAUAUCUAUUGCUGCAGCAAA